AUGGAACUCUCGGUUCGACUCUGGAAAUCUCUUCCUCACUCAAAGGGGCCCUUGGUAAGCGGCCCAGCACGCGGUCCAGUCAUCCUAGAUGCGAAAGGCAACUUGGUUUGGAUGGAAAACGAUAAAUUCGAGCAGGCGAUGAAUCUGAUGUUCGAAUGGCGCGCCACUGACCGUAUCCGGAUGAGCGAUGUAUUCAGCAGUCCUUCGCGCAAGGAUGGACACGGCAAAUCCAAAAAAGACGCCUUUGACUUCUUCCACGUCAAUAGUGUCGACAAGACUGACACCGGCGACUACAUCAUCUCGGCGCGUUACAUGCACGCCAUAGUGUGCAUCAGUUCGAAGACGGGCGACAUCCUGUGGCAACUCGGCGGCAAGAACAACAACUUUGAAGAUGUCAACGGAGCAACCGAUUUCGCCUGGCAACACCAUGUGACGUGGCAGGGCAACAACACGAUAUCCCUCUUUGACAACCACGCCAACAACGUCUUUCACAGCCCGUCCAAACACAGCAAGGACAAGAUCCUCAACGUGUCCCAAGGCUCUGUGCAAAUGAUUCCAGAAAGCGGCAACGUGCUGGUUGGAUUCGGCAACUCACCCACCUUCGUCGAGUAUUCAGCGGAUGGCAAGGUUCUCUGCAAAGCACACUUUGCGCCCCACCUCUUAUAUGAGAUCAUCGAAUUUGGAUUCGUCAAAUCGUACCGCGUGUUCAAGAAGCCGUGGGUGGGCAGGCCAAAGACAAUACCGGAUGUGAAGGUGAAGGGAAGGAAAGUGUACGUGAGUUGGAAUGGAGCGACCGAGGUCACAGGGUGGAGAUUAGAGACGACUAGGGCGCUGGAGGCCAAGGACCACGAGUUCGCGACGACUCAAGCAUUGAAGCGUGACGGGUUCGAGACGAGCUUUGCGCUUUACAAGAACGAGAAGUAUGUGAGGAUUGCAGCGCUGGACGCACGCGAAUGA